CAAAUUAUAUUUGAAAGGAUUUUAUCAGAUUUACGUAUCUUUCUUCUGCCUCCAUUCUUUCCUCUUCCAGAAUUGCAUGCUGCUUGUAACAGUGAAAAAUCAUUGAUGUAAAGAGUAAAACUUCCAGGUUUAAGAAGUCCUAAGAUUUUCAGUUUAAAUAAUCAUGGUGUGCCUGUAAUUUUUUUUUGUUACUUGUUGAAUCAAUCAGAUUUGCUACAUAGUUGAAUUUCCACGAUGGAAAAUGUCUGCAGUUGGAAAAGUGAUAUUUUUUUCCCUUUGUGGAGUAACCUUGGAAUUUUAAUUAAUUCAGUUUCUCCACAUGGUAGAAAUCUGUUUCACCAGAGGUUUGGCUAAACUGAAUUUCAUGGGGGAGGCAGUACCUUUUCCAUUGAGAGAAGAGGUCUGUGGAUUAUUUUCAGCGUAUAUAAAGCCUUUUUGUGAAGGGAGGGUGGUUAAAUGUGUAUAACAAGAAAGUUUUUCUAGUCUGUUUUCUUACAUUUUAGAGAAACCAGAAAUGCUUUGGUGGAAACCUUCUAGUGUAGCCUGCCCUAGGACACAUGGGGGCGUGCUCAUAGUUCUGUGCUGACAUCAGUUUCCACGUCAUUCUAGGAACCUGUUUGGCUCCUGCCGUUCGUUAGUGCCCUGCAGUGGCAUGUGAGUGCUCUGAGGGAGCUCCUGGCUCUGCUCUCCCAUGUGGGCUUCUGUGACUUAGGAACUGGGUGCCAUUAUGCCACCGUGGUCCUGAGCUCGCGCUUCCCUGUACUGCCCCGCUUUUCAGGAGAAAAGUUGAAGGGCAGGUGGACAGGUAUAUGAGUGACCUAAAGCUGCAGACUAAAACGGAGAGAGAGCAGUGUCAACUGCAAGCCAGGCAAGGAUGCCAAUUCCUCCUCCCCCUCCACCACCUCCCGGUCCUCCGCCACCUCCCACUUUUAAUCAGGCAAACACUGAGCCGCCCAGGCUGAGUAGAGAGGAGCAGCGGGGUCGAGGUGCUCUCUUACAGGACAUCUGCAAGGGGACCAAGCUGAAGAAGGUGACCAGCAUUAAUGAUCGGAGCGCUCCCAUCCUCGAGAAACCCAAAGGAAGCAGUGGUGGUUAUGGCUCUGGAGCAGCUGCCCUGCAGCCCAAGGGAGGUCUCUUCCAAGGAGGAGUGCCAAAGCUUCGCCCUGUGGGAGCCAAGGAUGGUUCAGAGAGCCUAGCUGGUAAGCCAGCCCUCCAAGUCCCCAGUUCUCGAGCUGCUGCCCCAAGACCUCCAGUGUCCACAGCCAGCGGACGCCCUCAAGAUGAUACAGACAACCGAGCCUCACUCCCAGAACUGCCCCGGAUGCAGAGACCCUCCUUACCGGACCUCUCUCGGCCUAAUACCACCAGCAGUACGGGCAUGAAGCACAGCUCCUCGGCCCCUCCUCCACCUCCCCCAGGACGGCGUGCCAACGCCCCCCCUACACCUCUGCCUAUGCACAGCAACAAAGCCCCGGCCUACAACAGAGAGAAACCCUUGCCGCCCACGCCAGGACAGAGGCUUCACCCUGGUCGAGAGGGACCUCCUGCUCCGCCCCCCGUCAAGCCACCUCCUUCCCCUGUGAAUAUCCGAACGGGACCAAGUAGCCAGUCUCUGGCUCCUCCUCCUCCGCCUUACCGCCAGCCUCCUGGGGUCCCCAAUGGACCCUCCAGUCCCACUAACGAGUCAGCCCCUGAGCUGCCACAGAGACACAAUUCUUUGCAUAGGAAGACACCAGGGCCUGUCAGAGGCCUCGCGCCUCCCCCACCCACCUCAGCCUCCCCCUCUUUACAGAGUAAUAGGCCACCUCCCCCAGCCCGAGACCCUCCCAGUCGGGGAGCAGCUCCUCCACCCCCGCCACCCAUGAUCCGAAAUGGUGCCAGGGAUGCUCCCCCUCCACCUCCCCCGUACCGAAUGCAUGGGUCAGACCCCCCGAGCCGAGGAAAGCCCCCACCUCCGCCCUCAAGGACGCCAGCUGGGCCACCCCCUCCUCCUCCACCGCCCCUGAGGAAUGGCCACAGAGAUUCCAUUACCACUGUCCGAUCUUUCUUGGAUGAUUUUGAGUCAAAGUAUUCUUUCCAUCCAGUAGAAGAUUUUCCUGCUCCAGAAGAGUAUAAACACUUUCAGAGAAUUUAUCCCAGCAAAACAAACCGAGCUGCCCGUGGAGCCCCACCUCUGCCACCCAUUCUCAGGUGAAGCCUGGCUUGGUCCUGUUCCUCAGGAAAAGGAUGGACCCUCUCCUCUUCUCAGAUGGUCCCUUCCAUUCCCUGGAAACCUGCAUGACAGCUCCUAACGUGUUUCUCCAGUGCAACCGACCUCUAGACUCCCGGCGUCCUCCCAGCUCACCUCCAUCUAUGCAUCUCGUCUCUGGACUUGGUGACCGGACUCUUCACAUUGACAGUAGGGUCCCAGACCCUGCAUCCAUCCCUCCUCUGUGAGCCCCGCUAGCCAGAUGAGGAAGAAGCUUCCGUGUGUCUUGCUUUCCUCCUGGGGAAAGGUGCCUUGUUGUGAUGCAUUAACUCAUUGUUGGGGCAGGGUGGAGAAGGGGACCCCUACCUUCUCCUGCCACUGUUGGGGGAGCUUGGCGGGUUUAUUAUAUUUCAUUAGUUUAUGAGGCUGGCAUGAGCAGGACUUCGAAGGGAGGGGAUGGGCAUUUUGAGUGAAACAGGAAAGGAGUUUGCAGAGAAGUGAUCUGUUUUAAAGGUCAUGUUUGGAGAAUGGGCAAGGAAAUGGGUCUGCUUUGAUUUGUAGCGGUUAUUUUGGUUUUGCUCUCACCCCACCCCACACCCCUACCCAGAAGUAAGUUGAAGAUAACACUAAAUACUAAUCACUUGAACUAAACAUGUAAUAAAAAGGGUGAAAUAAACUAAGGAUCCAUUUAGAGCCAGUUACUUCCUCCGCAGCACAGGGACCCUCUGGGGCUCCCUGCUCCUCUUCCUCAGGUGCUGAGGCUGAGGGACCUCAGCCUCUCACCACCUGUCCCCUCAAGGGAGCAGUCCCUUUCAUUCAUUCGUUACUGAUUCACAAGUCCCAGAAACCUCUAGUGAGAGGAAGAUAGGACCUUGGCCUUAACCUUGACCAUGAGGCUGCCUCAGUCUUUUCUGCCUGGCCCAGAAGGCCACUGACCUUUCAAUCCUGUUCGGAAACUUCAGCCCCCGAUGAAUGCCCCAGGAUGACAGAGAAGGGAAGGGUGAAGCAGCUCGGGAAAGGGACCAGCUCUGCAGGCUAGGAAAGACUUGAAUGGCCCACUCAUUCUGAAGGUCACAGCCCAUCUGACUGAGCAGGCUCUCCCUGUUCCUUUCUCCAGCACUCAACCCCCAAGACUGCAGGGGUUCACACAGCAGAGUAGAGAAGGGUGAGGAAGCUUAUGGGGUAGUCAAAGACCCCUCUGUGCCAAGAAGCACAAAAAUUUUGGUGAGGUGUAUGUCAGUCCAGCUGAUCUUCCCAGGCAGCCAGCAAUAUGUCGUUUCGUCUUCCAGGUUCUCGUUAAAGAGCACAGAGGAAAGGGAGGUUCCCAACCUAUGUAGGAACUGAGCUUGGAUCAUGGUACAGGGACUUGCCCUUCUCCUGCAGCACGGUGGAGCACCUGGGCUCCAUGCACCGGAUGGUUUGGUUUACUCAGAGUUUGGAGUGAGAGCAGAGAAGCCAUGGCUGUUCCUUGGAAUGGAAAGUCAGUGGAAUGUUUCACCAGAUACAUCCAAGGCUUAAACUGCCCUAGGGACCUUUCCAAUCUGUUGGGUCGCAGACUAAGGGUCUGUAUAUGGUGCCCAGUGAAACCCAAGUCUUCCCAAGGCUAGAUAAGAGAGCUCACAGCUUGGGUUAUUUCUGUGGGGUCUGCAAUCCUUGGCCGUCCCCUGGACUUUAGGGCAAACCAUGAUUAGGUCUGUCACUAGACUUUUUCUAAUCAGUCUUUAUUUAUCAUUCUUAUUUUCAAAUCUGUUAGCAGUUACCUCCCAGCCUGUAGAGCUGAAAGAGGGGACGCUAGUGGAGGGAAAAGGAGAGAGUACAAGACUUGCUACUGCAGCAGACUUCCAGGGUAGAUGCUGACCGGUUACUGAACUUGGACUGUGAAGUCUUCCCAUUUAUUUUUGAAAUGGGAAUUGAUGCCUUUUGUACAACGUUAUCAAAGUGUAUCUUUUUUCCCCCCUCUUUACUCAAACAUGGAUCAUCAAAACAAGCAUCACGUGUAAAAGCCAAAUCCCAGCUUUUCAUUGGGGCUGGUAUCUUCCUCCCGUGUGACCUGCUGCCCACCAUAGUCCCCAGCAUUGGGACCAUGUCACAUGGGUCUUGAUUGUAUCUUCAUUUUCUUGGCCUCAUGAAAAACGGCCUGGGACUAGAUCUAGUCUGGUGGAUGUUCUUCAGAGCAUGCUGAUGACCCAGUACCUAUUUCAGUGUCUUUGCCUUAUACAUUAUUUGGUCCCUCUGUUAAUAACAGAUUUAUUAUCAUGUGUAUUUACUAUUGAAGAAUGGGACUGUGACCCUCGUAGUUACUGAUCUAUUUUGUAUGCUGUAAAAAGCUUGUAAUAUAGGUUUAAGGUGGGCUGGCUGCAAGAGCACUAAAACUUCUCACCUUUUAAACUGCUCUUUUUAUCUGCUUGUGGGAAUGCCGUCUCUUCAGUGGAAGAUUGGGUGGUCUCAUGUUGAGGCUGUUGCCCAGUCCCGUUAACCCCCUUGUCCCCUCCCAGCAGGAAGAGACCUUGCCCAACCAAGCAUCAGGAAGCUGUGUUAAAAGCCCCUGUGUGGGUUUGGUUUUAUGAUGUUUUUCUCUCGGGGGAAAAACUUAACAAUUGUUUCUUACUGCCCUUUCUGGGAAACAGGGCAGUGGCCUCCAGGUUUUUAAAUGAGCUAGGUGCCCCUCUUCCCCCUUUUCUCUGGUCACCAAACCUGGAUCAUAGCACUUUGAUACUCCAGGUGUGGUUUUCUCUCACGUGGGGAUUCCCUCCAGUGGCAGAGCCGGGGCCCGCAGACUGAGAGCACGUAGGGUGCUGUCCCACCUGACGGACGUGAGGCUCCCAUCUCCAGAAAUUCACCCCAGCCCUGGCCACAGGCAGAGGCAAGAAGGCUAGCCGCUGGCCACUGCCCUAGGGGCAUCCCCUCACCCCGUAGCUUCCCAACUUGAAACCCAGAUUUACCUCCAGGGAGAGGUGAGAUAAAAUUGUAAAUAGACUUGCUACAGAGCAACUCAGGGUUGGGGUGUGUUUUAAUUCUCCUGAUCACUUGAAAUAAUCUGUAGGCUGAGUGCUUAUGGGAGUGGGGGAGAAGUGUGACUUCAGGGUCCUUCCCUUCUGCAAAGCUCUGGGGGUGGAGUGUAGGGCAUCUGAGGCCCUUUGAUAGCACUACACUGAGCUGUCUGUUCUGGAAACCCAACCUAUGAUCAACUGCAGAUCAGAUUCUUCACAUUCCAGUUGUGGUCUUUCCUUCCCUAUUGAAUCUCAAUGCCUGGCUAUCCGUGGUCAAGGUGGCUUUCUUUAGGCCACUCUGAUUUAGGGAAUGGGAGGCGUUACAACUCUGCCUUCAAGACUCAUCUCUUAAAAAGAAAAUGAAACAAAACUCCAACCACCUUCAAAACACAUACAAAAAAAAAAAAAAAAGGAUAACUGUUUAACCGAAGGAAGGGUUUGGUUCCAUUCAACUCCACGUUCAUUGUGCCUUUACUUGUGUUAGAGUUCUGUGCUUUCUUCCUCUCCCUCUUUGAAGCAACUAAAAUCUUCCUUGAUAACUGCUGUUUCCUUCUUUCUACUCUUGUUUCUAACAACUUAGUGAGUUCCCUCUCGGAUUGUCUUAAAUUUCAUCCCACUGGUGGCAGAGGGGGCCGUGGCUUGUUGUCUCGUGUCCUUUCCCAGGGCGACCAGCAUGGGAACCAUAGUCAACACUGAAUAAAAGACUAGAGUGACAUGUGCGAAGAGUGUGUGUGUGUAUGUGUGUGUGCGUCCCUCUUUGUCCGCAUGUGGAUCAGUUUCUUUUAAAAAAUAAUUUAUUGUAUGAUUUCUUUUGGAGUUGUUUCUGAUUACAGUGCUCCAUCUCCUGAUUAGCAUUGAUUUUUUUUUUUCUUCCCCCUUCUACAAUGUAUAAUCUGGUCUCAGGUUGGAUUCUUUGGUACAUUUCUUUCUCCUGGAUGCCGUGCAGUUUAAUUAAACCUUGCUUAAAAACAAAAACAAAAAACCUGAAAAACUGUGUACUCUUGUCUGGAAUACCGCCGAGAGUGGUGGCGCAGAGCGGAAUGGGUCUGUCACCUCAGGUUAGGGUAGUGGUUUGGACUCCAGAUCCUCUGAGAAACUAGAUAAACUAAGGGCAGAAGCCUCUGCGGCUUCUUGAGAGUUUUCUCUCCUUUCCUGCUGUGUUUUGAAAAUCACAGAUCUAGUUAGCUGUGCUGACUGGGUGAUUCUGAGAGAGUUGGUCCUUAUUUAUGUCGGCCACCUAACUCCCCUCUGCCCAGGGUUUCCAGGAACCCAGGAGACCCUGUGACCUAUGUCUUUAUAUCCCUAAUGGUUCUUCCCACCGGUGUGCACGGUAGCUUCUCACACCGAGGUGUGAAGAAGGUGAGGGCAAAGCAUACGGACUGUGUCUAUUUUUAUGUGGGUGGUGGCUUUUUUUUUUCCUUCACUGCUUUUUAAGUUGAAACCUUAGCUGGCUUUCUUGAACUUUGACUUGAGGUGUAAAAAUUGAACCAGACAGUCUGUGCUUACAGAGGUCAGCUGACAUAAUCACCACUAAGACUUAAUGAGCUUAACUUGCACUUUCAUCACUAGCAAAGGUCUUGAAGUUAUUUCCCAUACUGAUUCAUAUUGGGUGUAUGUCUGAGUCACUCUCACAUAAUUUAGAUAUAAAAACCUAGGGGCGUGGGUGGAAAGGCUGCCUUUCAUUUUCAUCCAUACUUGCCAGAUUGGCUGAAUUCCUGAUUAUUUGACCCAUCAUUGUUAUUAAUAUGAUUAAUAAACUACCUAUUUGUUAAUUUAA